AAAUUUCACUGUUAUUACCUAAUUAUCCAAUUACUUUUUUGCAAAGUUAAGCACUCAUAAAUUAUCCUCAUAAAAUGUUAAUUAUUUUCAUCUGUAAUAUAGAUUAAGUGAUUGAUUAAAAAAAAAUACUUUCGAAUUUCGUAUGAAAAUUAAAUACAACUAUAUAACUGCUAGUUACCUAGGUAUUGUCUUUACCAAAAUUAAAUUAUUCAUUAAUUAUGUCCUUGAACACAAUUAAUCAAUGAUAUAUACCCUGCUCAAUGUUAUGAAUAUUUAUUCAAUCGUGUUAACCAGACUAUCUAAUUGAAUAUUAUCUAAGAAAAAAAGUCUACUUUACAUUAAAGUUGAAUUGUCAACAUGUCUAUUGAAGAAAGAUUUACAGCAGCUGUCAAUGUCAUCAGAAAUCUCCCUAAAAAUGGUCCAUAUCAGCCAUCAAAUGAAUUAAUGCUUAGAUUUUAUGCAUAUUUCAAACAAGCAACUUUAGGUCGUAAUACUCAGUCUAAACCACAUUUUUGGGAUGUAGUUAAUCGAGCAAAAUGGCAAGCUUGGUGCAAUUUAAAAGAUAUGUCAAAAGAGAAAGCUAUGGAACUUUAUGUAGAUGAAUUAAAAAAGAUUGUAGAAACUAUGGCUUAUACCGAUUCUGUUGCUGAUUUUAUAUCCAGUCUCGAUCCAUCAUCUGAUUUUUGUUCAAUUGAUGACUUAAAAUUAGUUGUUGGAGUAACAAAUGAUAAAAAUAUUAUUAGUGACAAAAAUAUCUUAUCCCUUUCAAAAACAUCACUACAUGACACAGAUACAGAUAUUGAUGAUGAAUAUUUUCAUGAUGUUAUGGAAUCAAAUGAAAAUCAUGAAAUUGAAGAUCAAGGAAAAAAAUAUGAUAGCAGUUUGAAACAAAUAGAGAAUAUCUCAAAUUUUAAUCAAAAUUCUACUUCUUUAUGUCAAUCGAAUGGUAUUACUCGGACUGCUCAGAAGUUUGAACUAAUAGAAAGUGAUUUUCAAGUACAAAUUAGGUCAACAGUUGCAAAUAUAAACAAUGAUUUACGUGAUAUAGCCUUGAAAGUAUCUCAACUAGAAUCAAAAUUAAAAACCCAAAAUAAUAUUAUGACAAGAACAGUUAAUCUAUUUAACAAUCAAAUAUUAUGGCAGUUAAUUCUUAUAUUAGGAUGGCCGAUUGUAGUUCAAUUAUUAUUUAUUUUUCUUCAAAAGAAAAAUAAACAUAAAUAAAAAGCUACUUUAUGAGAAAAAUUAAAUUCCUACUGCCAUUUCAUUUGCCUUAAACUAUCAUCCAACUUUAGUUUUCAGUGACACAAAAUUUUAACUUGAAGUUUACCCUGAAUCAAUGCUAAAAUUAAAAUAUCUUUGAGAGGACUUCUUCACAUUUUACCAGACUGCAUAAAAUUUGUUAAUUUGUAUUAAAGUUAAUUUGUGAUGGUUUUUUUAUAUUAUAUUGAUGUUAUGUUGAAUAUUUAAAUAAUUUUCUGUAAAAAAAAAUUGUUAAUUUUUUAAUUUGUUAAUUAUUAUUUAAAUUUUAUACUCUCUCUUAUUUGUAGUACAUAUUACAAGUAAUAUGAAUAAUUUAUACACAUGUAGUGACACGCUACAUAUUUUUUUACUGUUUUAGAAUUUUGUUUUAGAUUAUUUUUUAAAUUUUACUUUUCUAUUUUAUUACUAAUGAGAAACAAGCUGUCCAUAUUACGUAUAUUUAUGAUUUUUUGAUACAUCACACAAUGAAUUUUUCUUUUUUAAAAUUUACAGUUAAACUAUUUAUAUUUUUACAAUAGUUUUAUUGAAUAUGAUAUAAAUUUUUUAUACAUGUUAUCAUAAAUAUAAUGUUUAUCAUUUUUUAAUAUUUUUGUGUAAUAGAAGCCAAUCCCCACCAUAUUGAAUAUAAUUUCAUUUUAAAGAGACUUGAUUUUGCUCAAUAAUAUGUUAAAAUAUUACAAAACGUAUUUAGAUAAAGUUAUCAGUUAAAUAAUUUAAUAAAAAUUCAAGGUAAUAAUGAGAAAUGUCUCAAAAAAAUAUAUUUGUCAUAAUCGAUUUUGAUAUUUUUAUUGUUUUACUUUAUUUAUCUAUGUCUAAAUAUAUGUUACGAUAUAAUUGUGAUAAUAAGAGGUUAUGGGAUUUAAAUAAAAAAUAUUUAUAAAUUAAAUUUAGUUUUUUUAAAAAUCAAUUUUAAUACGCUUGUCCGUUUAAAUAAUUUGUCUCUUGUCUAAAGUAGGUACCUUUAAAAUACUUUUGUUUUUUUUUAAGUAGUAAAUAUGUAAAAUAUUGUACUAAUAUUGAUAGAUUUUAGCGACUAUUUUCAUCAUUUAAAAUCAUCGAUGAAUUCAUUUUUAAUUAUGAUUAUGGUUAUAUUCAGAUAUUUUACACUCAAUUCUCGCAUGUAUUGGUUAAAAUAAUUUCUUAGUAUUUAUAAAACUUGACGUUUUAAAAUAAGUACCGAGGUCUGUGGGGCUGUCACGUACUUUUCUCGUCAUAUGACGAACCCGGUUACAAAAAUCAGAGGCGAUUAGAGAGAGAGGUCUAUUUCUACGAUAGACGACUUGGUUUGUGUUUCUACUGAUGAUUCUGAAAUUUCCUAGUUAUCAAACUUCAGAAAUUUAAAAGAAAUGUUUGUAUAUGAAAGGUAAAAUAUAUAUUAAGCUUGAGGUUGUUGCUGAUUGUGCUAAAAACGGGUGGAAACCUGCAACUUAAUUCUGUAAAAGAAAUUCCAUAAAAACAGCCCUGAAUGACGAAAUGUCAUAAAAACCUUUGAAAA